AUGAGUGAGCCGGUAGAUAUUCUUCUUUAUGGCCUCGGAGCCAUCGGCUCCUUCUACGCUUUUAUUCUCAGUCGGAGUGACCGAGUGCGCUUGACCGUGCUCGCCCGAUCGAAUUACGACUCUGUACAGAAGAAUGGAAUUCUCCUCCAAAGCCAGAACCACGGCGAGCACAGAUUCCACCCUCAUAACGUAAUCAAAUCCAUCGAUGAAGUAUCAGGCCCAUUCGACUACGUCGUUUGCGCGCAUAAAGCAAUCGACCAAGAGGCCGUGGCAGCACGACUCCAACCCGCCAUCAGCGACAAAACCACCAUCGUAAUCAUCCAGAACGGUGUCGGAAACGAAGAGCCAUUCCGGGCUAACUUCCCUAACUCGUCUAUUAUUUCCUGUGUGACAUGGGUCGGCGCAAGACAAACCAGUCCCGGGAUCGUAGAGCAUACGAAAUCCGAAGAUAUGCAAAUCGGGCUAUUCCCGAACCCUAAUCUCGAUACCUCACUAGAGAAACAGCGUCUAGAUACAUUCUCCUCGCUCCUGCAGACCGGCAAAACCCGCUUCCAGGUGCUAGACGAUAUCCAGCGCAAACGGUGGGAAAAAGUUGUCUGGAACGCAGCGUGGAACUCACUUACGACCUUGACAUUGCUCGAUACGCAGAGCUGGCUUCAUUCUAGCUCCGAUGCCACGCCUCUAACUCUGCGUCUGAUGCGGGAGGUUAUUGACGUGGGACGUCGAUGUGGGGUGGGUCUGGAAUAUACUCUGAUUGAUGAGCUUAUGAGGAAGAUUAAUGCCGUGCCUGGGAUUGGGAGUAGUAUGCAGACAGACUGCAAGGAGGGAAGACCGCUGGAGGUUGAUGUGAUACUGGGGUUUCCGGUCCGAAAGGCGAGGGAGUUUGGUAUGGAGACGCCUAUACUUGAUGUGAUAUAUGCUUUGGUGGUUGCUGUUGAUGUUAGACUGAGAGCUUCUCUAUAG